AUGGUGUCUGAGGAGACCAGAGGGCAGGAGGGAGAAGAGCAGCAGGAGGCGCCGCCGCCCUCUCCGCAAACGCCGCCGCCGCCGCUUCUUCUCGCCCCGCGCCCCUUUGCCCGUCCAGGCGCGGCCGGAGCAGCCGCUUUCCCCCCCUCCUCCACCUCCGCCGCCUCCUCCUGCGGCCGCGGCAGCAGCCACCGCCUUCCCGGGGCCCUGCCCAAGCGCCGGCUGCUGCUGCGGUUGCUGAGCCGCCGCUGCCACCACCCAAUCGCCCGGCUGGGGGAGCGGCGCGGGGCGGGGCUGGAGCUGCCUGGGCCGCCGCCGCCUGCGGCCGCCGCCGCCGCUGCCGCUGCUGGAGGAGCCGGCGGGGGGAAGCCGCCAUGGAACAAAAGAAGCGCUGAGCCGAGCGGCGGCCGUGGCGGCGGCACCACCGUCGUCGCCGCCGCCGCUCCUGCUGCCAGCGCCUCGCCUCAAGCCCCGCAAGAGGCGGAGGAGGAAGAAGAAGAAGAAGAGGAGGAGGAGGAGGAAGAGGAGGAGGCCGUCGUCCUCGCCGCCGCCGCGGGAGAGCCGGCAGCAGCAGCAGCAGCAUGUCGCCCAGGAGGGCCCAGUAGCCCCAGCGCGUCGCCCCUUCCUCCUCUUCCUUCUUCUCCGCCCGCUGCUGCUGCCGGCGGCGGCCUUGCCGAGGCCAUGCCGAGCGGCAGCGCCUCGCCGUCGCCUCAGGAGGAGCCGCCCGAGCUGGUGGGGCUGCUGCUGCCGCCUAGGCCACCGCCGGGCCUGCUGCUCCACUAUCACCACCAUCACCCGCUGCUGCUGCCGCCGCCGCCGCCGCCUUCGCCGCCCAUGCUGAGGGAACGCCUGGCCGGCUUGGGCCUGGGCGAGGCGGCGCCCGUUCCGUCGCUGGAGCGCCCGGAGGAGGAAGGGGAGGGCGGCGGCGGCGAGGAGGAGGAGGAGGCGGCCCCCGAGGGCGGCGGCGGCGACCUGGAGCUGGACUUGGAGGAGCCGCCUGACGAGGACGACGACCGAGGAGGAGGAGGCGGCGGCGGAGAGGACUUGCUGCUGGAGCCCGGCGGCGGCGGCGGCGUCCCGGCGGCCUCCCGCCUGCUGCUGCCGCCGCCGCCGCCGCCGGCCUUGCCCCCCGGGCUGGGCUCGGUCAUGCUGCCGCCGCCCCUCUCCGCCGGCUCGGCCUUCGAGGCCCAGGAGGCGGCGCUCGGCGGGGCGCUGUACGGGCCCGGCGACGAUGCCCACCACGGCGGCGUGAUGGCGGCGAUGCUCUCGCAGGGCUACGGGCCGCCCGGAGGAGGUGUGGCGGCAGCGGCGGCGGCGGCCGGGAUCCCUCCGGUGCCGGCCUUGAACGGCGAGCAGGCGGCGCUGCUGAGGAGGAAGAGCGUCAACACCACCGAGUGCGUGCCGGUGCCCAGCUCCGAGCAUGUGGCCGAGAUUGUGGGGCGGCAGGGUGAGUGCUUUGGCGGGUGGGAAGGAGAACAGGAGGAGGCGGCCUGGGGGGUGGGGGAGGCUGAGUAGAUCGGGGCCCCGAAAUUAGGUGGGCGCUGGGGAAGGAAGAGGAGAGGCUGGGGGGGCGGGGAUCUGGAUAAACUGGGUUCGGGCGAGGCCUCCCUAAUUAUUAUUAUUGCCAUUGUUGGAGGCUGCCCUGUUCUCUUGUACAUGCGAAGCACGAGGGGGUCGGGCGGAUAGAAUGCCCCAUUGAAUGCACACACACGAAAUUUGCACGAGGCCAGGGAAGCCAAGGGUAAGUGCAAUGGGAUACUGGGAAGGGCUGGGUCCGAUGGAAUGGGAUGCACGCGGGGUGACUUGGAGCGAAGGCGAAGUUCCGGGGUGGGUCAGGAGACCCCCGGGCAUUCGGAGCAGGAGGAAGUCGGGUCUGAACCUUGGGAUUGCCAGGAUGCCAGGUGGGGGUAAUGGGGAGGAGGGGGAAAUUGUCUGGAGGAUAAGGGGUUUGGAGGGGUGCGACCUCGGGCGAUGCAGGAUCAUAGCUGUCAACUUUUCCCUUUUCUUUUGAGGAAUCCUAUUCACAAUAAGGGAAUUUCCCUUUUAAAAAGGGAAAAGUUGACAGCUAUGUGCAGGAUUGACAUGUGCUGGAAGUUGGGAAGACCUCUUGGUUUUGGAACUAAAUGGGUUACGUUGGUGGUGGUGGGUAGGUGGGUAAUACCAACAGGUGGGUGAGGCAGUGGCGUUCCGAAAUGUGGGGUGCUUUCUGGUGUUCCUGUGACCUGUAGAGAAAGGGAAGCUGCGCAAGUUAUGAGCUGGAUUGGGAAGGAAAGGUCCAAGGUAUUUUAAAACUAAAUGUAGGAGGCCUUUGGACAGGCCUGGGCAUGUUCCACAGAAAGCAUGAGCAGAUUUUGGUGACUUAAGUUUUCACAGACUGCUGUGAACUUAGUUGUAUGGGUGGUAGAACUGAGUAGGGCCUGUGGGGUUUGUUUUUUUAUUAAGAACAGACACUUAGAAAGAACGUUUGCUUCCAUUAAGUGGGGAUGGGAAUACUGUAUAUUGCUCGUAAAGAAAGGAUCAGAGAUCUUUCAGGAAGCGUUAUUCUGGAGAAGACGAAUAGAACAUUUAUCGCAGGUAGAACCGUGCACAAAGUCUUAUUGUUGCAGAGUUUGGAAUGGAUGAUAUCGAAGCCUGAUGUUAGGAAAAACUUUCUAAAUAAGCAUAACUUAGCAGUGGAAAAGAUUGCCUGGGGUGUGGUGGAAUCUCCACCCUUCAGGCCAGGGGGAGGUUAGGAAAGAAUUGAGUUGGGAUAGGUGAUGAAUUCAAUGCCUGGGGCUGGCAAGAGGCAUGAAUAUUGAGAUGACUUCCUGGUAGAAAGCUGGUAUGAUGUUAAGAGUACUAGGGAGACCAGAGUUCAGUCCCCAACUUGGUCAUGUAGCUCACUUAAUGAUGCACUUGUCACCUGCUCAGUCUUCAUUGUGAGAAUAGGUCCCAUUUUCCUUGGAAAGAUAGACAUAUAAUGUGGUGUGAGGCCAUUGCUAAUAUACACAAGCACCUUAUAGCCUGCGGUAAAGGACUCCUACCACAAUAAAGGGCUACUUCAGUUGUAUGAUUCUGAGAGCUCUUUCAAUGAAGGAUUUGAUAUAUCUUAACUGCAUGCUAUGUGGUGAUUUGCUAUCUGCAGGGAUACACUUGGGAAGAUGCUGUUUUGUUGCUGUAGGUGGUCUGUAACGAUGUCAGUGGUAAUAUAAGUGUGGGAAGGGAGAACUCUGGCGACAGAUCUACUGGGAUAUAAUAAUUUAUAGUUGAAGGGUUGGCAUAAUCCAAGCUGGUGCAGUAUCAGAGGGGUGGGUUAGAAGAUAACUAGCAGAGCCCCUUUGUAAAGCAAUAUGCAAAUAAAGAUGAGACGCAGCCACUUUUUCCACAGCUUGUGCUUUCCUUGUCCCCCUCCUCUCCCAUCUACAGUGUAGAGUACUGUAUUCCAAGUUUCAUAAAAGCACAAAACCAAACUAGUUGAAUUAAUGCCACUCAUCCUUUCCCAUUCUCUGUCAGUUAAUUGUCAGUUGCUUUCCUGUCACCCCUCCUCCUCUUCAGAGUUAUCCCCCAUCUGUCCUUUUUUGUCUGGGAGCACAAUAACCUGAAGUUGGUGGGAAGGCGUAUUCAAGGACACAACAAAAGCGCCAGGCUUUUGUGACCUGUGAAGCAAUAAAUAAAAAGCUGAAGCAGACAUAGCUGGCUUUGCAGAUACAAGGAUAGACAUCAUUUGCUGCUAUAAAUUUUAAGUGCCUAUCCUUUCCCCCAAAAAACUUGAUUUUGUUGUUUUUUAAAAACUUUAGCUCUGAUUAUAACUGAAUAUGAAACCUAUUAACCUCAGGCCAGAUGCUGCCACCAGGCUUUUAACUACCUCUGUUAGCAGUCAACUGACUUGUUAGGGACUGACUCAGAUCAGCAAAGUUAUGCUACUGUGACUUUUACUUUGACAUGCUUCCCUUUGUUCUGAAUCAGGCCAUAAAUAAAAAGAAAUGGGUUUUACAGUAAGCAGAUUUAAGGAGGGAAUACAUGUAUUGUUUCAUGUUUGCCUGGCCAAUGUCUCCAAUCCUCCAGCUUCUGCUUUCUGCUGUUGCUUCUACCAAGUACCCUGUUUCUCAGUUUGUGCUUUUCUGAUAAGGACAUGACUUGUGAUGUCAUAAAAUCAAGUAAUCACUUCCUUGUGGAUGGUGUGGUCAGUGAUAAAAGCAUUUCCAUUAAACCAAAGUACUAUAUACAAUGUGUGUUUUUUUUGUUAUUUGAUAAACACUUCAAAAGUUUGGCUGUCUCUUGUGUUUUAAAAGUAUUUCUAGUUAAUCAUUGUGCUUCUUAACUGAUUAAUCAGCUACUUUAAAUUUGGUUAAUUUGCAUAUUAAUUAUGAUGCUGAAAGCCAUUUAUUAUUUAAUAAACGGUACUUAUUGCUCAUUAUUAGAAAAUAAUAACAAUCCUUUUUCCCUGUAUUUCAUUCCAUGUCACAAUAACAUUCCAGAACCAACAGCUUUUCUGCUUCAGGCUAGAUAACCUUUUAAAGAUUACUCAUGUGAUGUACUUAUUCAGUAGGGCAAAUUGGACUAUACUUUCCUCCUACCCGUGUCCAUCAUGUGGAGAGGAGACUGGCCCACUGACCUUCAUCUCUAGCAUCCUCAGCUGUCCGUGUGGGAAAAUUCAAAUAUAUCCAGCACUCGUGGUGGGGAUCCUCCUGCCCACAGGCUUAAUUAUGCUUGCCCAAGCCAUGCCCACCUGCCAUACACCUAACUUCAUAUGUUGUCAGGUAUGGGCAGAUAAAGGCACAGUGGGGCUGCAAGGACAUCAGUCAGCUGAUCAGCGGGACUUGCAUAGUCCUGUGCAUGAAAGCUCAAUAAUCAGCUGAUUGUUGGAGCUUGCAGAGCACAGGGUUAAGGCUUCCAUGCUCAUGCAAAAACUGGUCAUUGUGAUGCCAGCUGAUUGACAGGUGGAUAGCCCUGUCCACCUGUCUAACUUAGCCCACAAGGCUUUGGGAGGUAAGAAGCCCACCAGCCAGCCAAAUCCUGUUCCCACUUAUGUCCUAAAUCAGGCACAUCCAACAGGUAGAUAGUGAUCUACCGGUAGAUCACUGGAUGUCUGUGGUAGAUCACUAGACAAUCACUGGCUUCCCCCAAAGAAGUUCAACAUUAAAACUGCCCUGCACCCCAAAAAAUGGAGCUUUCGUCCUCACUAAAAAAGCUCAACAACCUUGACCUGAACCCCCAAAAAGGGGGCAGAUCACUGCCAGUCUUUAACUCUGUGAAUAAAGCAACUCUUGGGAGUUGGCCACCCCUGUCCUAAACCAUCCUUCCACAACCUAGUGUGUUUUAGACUGAAACUCCCAUCAUCCCCACCCAGUGGUGGGAAAUAAUGGUAGUUAUAGUCUAAAAAGAUCUGGAGGGCAUCCAGAAGGGAACACUAUCUUAUGCGCAUAAAAUUCAACAUGUGUAAGUCAAAUCUUGUAAUCAGUUUAUUGACAAAAUCUGCUGAUGAAUAAUAUACACUUUUAGCUUGCACACAUAAGAAAUUAUGCACUUAGAUAGUAUCUGAACAUGACAUCCCCAUGGUUAGGGGCGUCAGGUACUAAGUGGAGAGAGCAUGCAUGUUUAUUCUUCUCUCCACGUAAUAGACUGCCUUUGGGGGCAUGUAGUCCUGUGGAUUUUAUUACCUUGGUAACUGGCAAAAGAGAACACUAUUUAGAGAUUAGAGCUGCCAUGGAAGUCUAUUUUAAAUCUCAGAGGCAGAUCAUAGAAUUGUAGAGUUGGAAGGGAUCUGAGGGGUCAUCUAGUCCAGCCCUCUGCAAUGCAGAAAUCACAGCUAAAGAAUCUUUGACAGAUAGCCAUCCAACCGCCGAAGGAGGAGAGUGCACCACCUUCCGAUGUAGACAUCAAACAGCUCUUAUUAUCAGAAGGUUCUUCCUAAUGUUUUGUUGGAAUCUCCUUUCUUGUUAUUUGAAUCCAUUGGUUUGGGUUCUACCCCCUGGAACAGGAGAAAACAAGCUUGCGCCAUCUUCCAUGUGACAGCCCUUCAGAUAUUUGAAGAUGGCUAUCCUAUCCUAUAACCUCUUGGUAUUAUCUUCUCCAGGCUAAUCCUGCCCAACUCCCUCAACCAUUCCUCAUAAUGCUUGGUUUGCAGGCCCUUAAUUAUCUUGGUUGCCCUCCUUUACAUACAUUCUAGCUUGUCAAUAUCUUCCUUAAACUCUGAUGCCCAGAAUUAGGUGUAAUUCCCUAAAAGGCUUUAUUGAAGUAAUAAUAUUUUUAAAAAACCCAUUACAAACUAUAUGUUAAAUAAAUAGCUGUCCCAUCGUUUCUUAUGUGACUUAGGUUGAAGUUUCUUGGGUGCCUGCUUUUUAUUUUCAUGUUUAUGACAAGGCUCUUCUGCUCUCAAAUUUAUGCCCUAUCUACUCUAGAUUCUUUAUUUAUAGCUGUGCUGAGGAUCUUACUACAUUGCACAAAAGCAGGAAAUCAUACUUUCAAAGAAGAAAAAUGCAUUUUUAAAUGUGGACCUUUUAUACAAACAAAAGCAGAAGACAUGUGAUGGAGUGUUCACAGUUACUCCUUUUAAGAGAAUUGCAGGCAUUAGGGAAUUUAAGAAAUUGUGUGACCAUUUACAGUGCAAUCAUGACUCCCACAUACAACACAUCCCCACUAUUCCAGCUAAUAUAUUUUUCACCCCGGCUGAGCUCUUCUUAAGCUGGCGACAUAACUUGGCACAUUUGCUUAGACUGUCUGUGUUCAAGCCAUACUGGCACAAAUCAAAGUGGUGGAGAGAGAGAGAGAGAGAGAGAGAGAUUAGGGCAAAAAAGGUUGCGUCAAGUGUGGGAAAUGAGUGUGCUGGGGUGGGGAGAGGAAUAAAACGACACUGCAUCCUGACUCUAUUCACUGAUCCUGCCCACCUGUUUGGUGUAAUAUACACCGCCAAAAUACAAGUGUAACUAAAAAUCAUCCCAUAGGCACCAUACACACAAGGGAAGUUAGGAUGUAGUUAAAUUUGCAUAGAAGACAGGUUGGAUUAUUUGCCUCAUUAGUAUUUCUCUGGAGGCUAGAAUCCUAUGCACAAUUUACUUUGGGUGUAAGUCCCAUUGAACUUAAGAGUUGUCUACCUAGAAAUAAAUUCUUGCAUAGGAUUGCUUUGCUAGUCCAGUAGCUGUCAAGUAAUAUCUUCUGCAGCCUGGAUUGUAAAAUACUAGUUUGUUGAUUCUACCAAGAAGUAAAGAAAGAAGUAGCAGCCAAUCUAAAUACAUUGUUUCCCCAAUCUCCGUUCUCAGUUCAUAACAAGUGGUUGAACCACCUUUUCACAGUGAGGCGUGAGCUACUGCAAAACAAGCACACUAUAGGAUCUGUUGCUUGGCAUCUGUCAUAAAGGUUGGUAUGAAAGUUAUGUUAACUACCUGCAAUUAAAUGUUGCAAGAUACAAUCCUCAAGUGUGGUAUAUGCUUCUGAUAUGUUCCUCAAUGUUGAACAAGUAGCUCUUCUCCAGAAGUACUUUAUCGGUUAUUCGGUUCCUUCAAACCAGAUUCAGAAAACGUUAUUUGAGUAAGAAUCGAGUCCUGUUCUGUUUCCCCAUCACCACCACCGAAGGCUAUUGUUGUUUAUUGCAGUUACUUUUCGUACUACAUGUUCCUGCUAUUUAGUUUCUGAUGCCACUACAGAGUCAGCAUAGCAAAGAACAUGUCAUAAAUAGAUUUGUGACUCCACAAAGAAAUUCCUGUUGAAAAAAAAAAAUAUUUUCUGUAAGAGGCAUGAGUGAGGGGAGGAAUAAACAAACAUUAGUGCAUCUGUACAUAUUAAACAGUUCUCAAAAUUAUAUUGUGCUAUUUGAACCUAGAAAGCAAAAGUUGGCCAGUUGAGAUGUCUGCAUUCAAGACUACACCCGGCCAGCUCAGCAUUCGAUGCCACCAUGGUAGAAUUUAACAUUUCUGAAAGUACCUAAAACAGUUGCCCAGGUUAUUUAUCCAGCCUUCCAAAGGCCAAGUGGGUGGGAGAAAAGAACUGUGUUUCAUCCAGAGGCAAAAAAAACAACAACCUACUAACAUGAAGGAAUCUGAGUAGAAUUUGCCUUUAAAAAUGGAUGGGGCUAAAUGGAUUUUCCCUAUUCACAUGAUACCUGCUUUGCCAGGCAUGCUCAGUGACAAAGUUGCCAUAAGAGGCAUGGUUAAUCCAGGCUAAUAUAGAGUUUUGUUGGGUGGGGGAGUUAUCACCAUUUUAUAGUGAAUGGCUUGUUCCACUUAAAGAUGUGGUUGUCAUAAAACAUUUUGAGGAAUGGUGAAAAAUAAAUACCUGUUCAGAAGGACAUUUUGUUAGAAUCCUUGCUUACAUUGUACAGUACAAUUGUACAUACCAUGUAUAGUCAGAGCUUGUAUUACCAAAGCAGGUAGAGCUCCAUCCCCUUUGCUAUGGAUGGGCAAAGGGCUAUUGGUCCCAUUUUGUAUGAUCAGCUCCAUAAUAUUCUUGCAGUGAAGCUGGUAAAAUGUGGGUUGGGUGAUAUAAGUCUUAGGUAGGUUUGUAGCUGGGUGUCUGACCAUACAUAAAGAGUGCCCACUAAUGGUUCCUCACCAUCCUGGAAGAAAGUGACAAGUGUGCGGCUUCAGAGUUCUGUCCUAGGCCCACUGUUGUUCAGCAUCUUUAUUAACGACUUGGAUGAAGAAAUUGAGGGGAUGGCCACCAAAUUUGCAGAUGAGAGGGAUAGUUAAUGUCACGGAAGAUAGGAUUCACUCUGACCUUAACGGAUUGGCGAACAGGACCCACACUAAUAAUAUGAAUUUCAAUAGGGACAAAUGUAAGGUUCUGCACUUAGGCAGGAAAAAACAGCUGCACACAUAUAAGAUGGGGGACACUUAGCUUGGCAGUGUGAUGCAGCAGCAAAAAAGAAAGAAAAGCUAAUGCAUCAACAGAUGUACAGUGUCCCGACCAAGGGAACUCAGUAGUACCAACCAGUCUGUUCUGCCUUGAUCAGACCACACGUGGAGUACUGUGUCGAGUUGUGUGCACUGCAGUUUAAGAAGAAUAUUGACAAGCUGGAAUGUGUGCGGAAGAGGGCAACCAAGAUGAUCAAGGGUCUGGAAUCCAAGCCUUGGGAGGAAUGGUUGAGGAAGUAGGGUAGCCUUGAUGAGAGGAGACAGAGAGGAGAUAUGAUAGUCAUCUAAAAAUCAGACUCAGACUCAUUUCCUCUCCAGUGUGGCAAAGUCACAAGCAGGGGAGGAGCAAAAGCCCUUUUGUGUUUUAUUUGCAUUACUGUACAUAGUUUAUGUUGUGUGCAAACUAGGCCAAUGUAAGUUGUUUCUCCCAACACAAUUUGACACUUCUUUGAGGACAAGUAUAGCUUCUACAAUGCUAUAGAAAGGUAAUAAAUUGAAGGUACAUUACGUGUUAUUCAAGUACUCAUUUGACAUAAAUAGUAAUUUUAUGAAAAAUGGAUUUAGUUAAAUGAUGGUUAACAAGGGGAAAAUAGCUCUAAAGGUUUUAAGAACAGUAAAUGGCUCCCCUGCUAACUAGGCUGCUCAUUUUUACCCAUUGUUACCUUGUUUGUUCUUUGCUGACUGAAAAGUGUUAGGUUUAAGAGGUACUUGAAAUUUCAAUAGAGGUAAUAUGGGAGGACCUCUGUGCUUUAUAAAGGCAAAACAAAAAAUACAAUAAAGCUGAUUUAUUUAGCUGGAAAUCGCCAUUUAAGUUUGCAAUUUCUUCAGACAGUCUUUUGUACACUCCACAUUUGGGAUGGAGGAUAAAUCAAAUCAAGUUCAUAUAGGUCUCUUAUCAACAGGUAUUAGCCAUUACAGUUUUAUGGAACCUCUGGAUUCAGAGGCAGUGUACCAGAUUAUGAGAAGGGCUGCUGUCUUCCUCUUCAGCUUGUGAGCUUCCUGGAGGCAUCUGGCUGACCAUUGUUGGAAACAACUUUCUGGGUCUUGAUCUGACACAGUAGCGUACCUCUUAAAUUCUUACGAUGACUCCUGUGAAAUUUGCACUGCAAGAAACUGAAUUCCAGAGCAUUAAUAAUUGGGGUGGAGUAGUUGCAGAAGGAGUGAUUUGAUUUAUUUUUUAAGACAAGGAAACUUUACAAUGGUGAAAGAUUUGUGAGCUUUCUGAAAACAGGGCCAGAUGGACAUUAAGAUUACAGUUCUUGAGAGAGUUCCUGAAGAGUGGUAACUUAACAGAAAUGUGGUAACCUAACCAAGCAAGGUAAUUAUGCAUCUUGAUGACAGAUGUUUUCCAUCCAGAAUUAGUAUAUAUUGAAAUAUGCUAGUGGCAUAUUCUUGUAACUUCCACUGUGGAAUAUUAAUACAUCAGAGUUCCCAGAGUCCGAAACUGGAAUGAAUUAGGUAUUUUAGGUCUUUUUUUUUCUUUUUUUCUUUUUGGCCUUCGUGUGAUUUCAGUGGGUGGGCAGUAUGUGUGCACAUUCCAUUUCUUCAGCUGCUUGCGAAUUUAUAGCCUUACAUUCAGCACCGUCAGUACUGAAGCCAUUGCUGGCAGGGCUGCAGUAAGUAUCUCGCAGCUCCAUUCACUACAAGCUUUCCUCUGUGUUAUGAGGCACAGAGUCAUCCAGAAUGAUUUGCUGCCAAAAAUGGACAGUGUUAUGCACACUGCACAGAGAAUUCAGGCCAGGAACAAGUUUCAAUGACCACCUUGAGAAUAGGUUGGUGACCGCUGCUGGUUGGCUUGCUUUGUCUCCAGCCCAAAUUUGGUCGCUGGUCUCACCUGCUGCGUGUGAUGACAUCACAGAAACUUGUAGUACCAUUUCCAAAGAGGAGAACCAGGCAGCCCCCAAUCGAAGGUUUCUUGGAGUCUGUACAACUCCAAACCUCCUUGCAAUAAGAAUAGGAAGGUCAGAAGGGGGAAAAAGAAACAAACCCCCCAACCUGGCCUUUGGUUUAUUGAAUCUCCAGAACAGAGGUCAAAAAUUAAAAAGGAGACAAACUUCUAAACCUGCUAAAGAAAAUACUGCCAUGUCUGUCUGUCUGUUUGUAUUUUAUAUAAAUUAUGCCUUUUGAGUGCCAACAUCAAGAGGCAGCUGUUGGUAUUUGACUCCUGAAUGAGUAGGAACAUAGGAAGUUGUCUUGUAUUGAGUUCAUCUAGCUCAGUAGUUUAUCUAGCUCAGUAUUGUCUACACUGGAAGGCAGCAGCUUUCCAGGAUUUCAGCUGGGGUCUCUGCCAGCCCUUCUAGCCGGAGAUUGAACCAGGGACUUUCAACAUGCAAAGCAAUUAAUCUCUGACCCUGCCACAAAUAAAAAUGAAUUUAUCUUUGUGGACAUGGGGAGCUCCUCAUUCAGAGGAUAAGAAAUCACUUCAGCUCGUGACACAGUUGUUAGAAUGUGUUAGGAGUAAUAAUAAAAUAUUGGAGUGCAUUUCCAGACAUGAACUCCAAAGUCAGAGAAGUCAGGGGGAGAGUCCCAUAAUGCAUGCUUAAAUCUCUUCAUGCAUUUCCCUAGAUGAGAGUCAACCUGAAUAUACUUGAUAUGCUAAUCGGGUUACGAAAAGGUAUGUGGUGUAAAACAUUUCCGAUCUUUUCAGACCCAGCACCCACUUUUAACUCAAACAUGCAUUUGCGGGACCCAUUUCUUAAUCCUUUACCAUAUAUGUGCAUGGUGUUAGUUAAAACAUUUGAGAAGCAGUGAUACAAUGGACCACGUCCUUUUCAUGGUGCUUUAUUUUAUUUGCUAAAAUAAAUAAACAAGCAUUGAAAUGCAGACAUACAAGACUCCAGGAGUGUGAGGCUAUAGAGCCCUAGAAACUUUCUGUGUAUUUAUCCAAUCUGGCGCUUUUGAAGGGGUAUCGGACUUAGGUGCUUUGUUUGGUGUAAUAGAACAUUUAAACCUGAUUCAAGGAGGUGGGUGUUCAAAUCACCCUCCAGCUGUGACUCUCACAAGGUAACCCUGGGCGUAACCUACUCUCCAGAUAAUCUGAGCUCUCUGGAAGAAAGGGGUAUGCAGAUUUGUCAAAAUUAAAACGUAUUUUUCCAACAAUGAUCAUAAAGACACAUAAUAGUCACCUUAAUAGUGAUGGGGUUUGAGAGCUAUUGCAAAACUCUGUUAGUCCUGCAAACAUAGAGGAAGGAUUGCUCAAGGCUGUAGAUUCUGGGACAAGAAGCCGGGCUAGAGGCUGUGUUGUGGGCUAGGGAAUUCUGAUGAUUAAGGAAGUUCUGCCCGUGCUUCCUGCUCGCAUCCUCUCUGGUUUCAGUCUUUUGGCAGGCACUGUCUGCACGUGAUUUUAGUUUUGCUUGACAGCUGUGAGGGCUCGAAGCACUUCUCUGUGUAUGUUUUUGUUAGGCUUAUUUUAAUGAAAGCUGAGUUCCCAGAGUCCUCCUAAGAGGCCAAGGCCAAGUGAUCUGAUCACAGCCAUGGAGGUUUUGUUUAUAACUCUUCUCUCUGUUCCAUAACCUUUGUGACUAAUGGCAGUCGGUGCCCUUUCCAUGCAGAGUGAUUGUGACUGUUAUCUGAGGGCAAGUUAUGAAGCUCAUUUGGGCUUAAAAAACAAAAAAAAUGCUGAGACACUUCCUCCAGUGCAGUUGUGAACUCCAAAUGUAAUUCAGCAUGUUAUAUAUUGAUAUUGCAUGUUAUUUUUUCCCCCAUUAUCAUUCUUGCUGGGGGAUUCUAAAUCAAAUCAAAUUUCAGUAACUUGCAGUUCCCUUUCAGUUCUUAGGAAGUUCUGGAACAUUUCCCCCGGGACCCCCUGCAACUUACUUCUUUGUUAUGGUUACCUUUUGAAGGUGAACAGAUUUGUGUCAGCCACUGAAAAGUCUUGGUAGUGGAAAUCUAGAGGCUUGGUGAAUUCUGGCUUUUAGAAUAGUUUUUCCCAUUUGUGAUACAUUAGUAUUUCAGGCUUAUUUCUGCAUCUCUUUAAAUAAAUUUGUUUAAAAUCAGUGCUAAGGUAGUGCUUCAAAAAUGCACCAGUACUCACAAAUAAUGUGUGACUGAGGACUCAGCUAUACAGCUGCAAAUAAAAUGUUUUAAAUGUGUUGUAAAAUACAACAUACAAAUGUGACACUAGAUGGUGAUGGCGAGCUAUGGCAAAUUCAAUAUAUUUUUCAAAACAUUUUUAAAAAAAGCAUUUUCACAGCAUUUUUCAUAUGUGUGUAUUUUCCACAUGAGGAGGGAUUUCAGUGCUCCUCUGGGCUCCUCCUGCUUGCAGCUGUAACAAGCAAGAUAGCACUGUGUUUUUUAUACUGUGAAAUAAUAUCUACUUAUAGGCAAGUACAAAUGGGUGAGUUACCAUUGGACUGGCUCAGAACCAGUUUGAUUCGAAUCUCCUAUCCAUACACAAAUGACAACGCAGCCAAUAGAGAGAAAGAACUACUGGCUGUAUGAAACAUUUCCAUGCAUCUGGUGAUCACACGAGACAUCAAAGUUAGUCCACAUAGUGGGAAACAGGCAGCACUGCCCAAAGUACGUGCUUGGGGCCACCCCCACUAGGGACCCUCUUUCCCAGUGACACUUGGUAAGUAUUUGCAUCCCACCAGUAUAGUGUUCAUAAGACUGGUCUGUAACAAUCACCAAUAUCUUUUCAGAAGCAAUGAAUUGUAGUUAAAACAGAACAAAGCAGUAUUUUCUGUGUAGUGCAAAUAGACUAUUCGUUUUGUUUAUAGAAAUUAUUUCAGAACUUUAAUACAUUGCAGUUCCUUGGUAGUUUAGCAUAAAAAGGGAAUAUAUGAUCAUCAUAAGUACUCGGUGUAUGAUCCUAGUGAGAUACAGAAUGGCAUCAACUAGAUUCUGCUGCCAGGGAUCAAACCAUAAUAUGAGCACAUGGACUGUUGUGCUGCAAUGAUAAUUACUGAAUAUGUUUUCCCCACAGUGAUUGCUUUUCAAACAGUAGCCUUUCAUCAAAAGCUCACAAGAGUGACAUAAAUACAGUUUUUAAGAGAUACAGUGGUACUUUGGAAGUCGAAUGGAAUCCGUUCCAGAAGUCUGUUCGACUUCCAAAACGUUUGGAAACCAAGGCGCAGCUUCCGAUUGGUUUCCAAUUGGAAGCUGUGGAAGCAGCGUCAGACGUUCGGAUUCCACAAAACGUUCACAAACUGGAACACUCACUUCCGGGUUUGCGCUGUUCGGGACCCGAAACGUUCGACUUGCAAGGCGUUUGUCAACCAAGAUAUGACUGUAAUGAGCUGGAUUCACCUUACAAACCCCCUCAACAGAAACCCUGUGCAACUGGGCUCCCUCCUUUUUACUCCCUGUUCACCCUGAAAUUGGCUUGGGGUGUGUGUAGGAGAAUCCCCAGUAGGGGGGCAGGGGAUACUAUCUGGCAAUGCUGAUAAGCUUAUGCAAACGAAAACACUUGUAGUAUCACAUUAAAUUCCACCGUAAAUGUUUGCAUUACAUUAAGAUUUCAUUUUUACCAGUUUUUUUAAAAUAGAAACUUGUUAUACUUGAAGCUUUUACAAUCUGGCAAUUUUCAUUAAAAUAAAACUUUAAAAGUAAUCAGUUUUUAUCUCUCCUGGCAGUGGGUGGAUGAGAUAAGGAGGAUAUGAUAAUGUGUCCCACAUACUAGUUAACUAUGUUUAAGGUUGAGGUUUUUUACAAUCAGGCGGUUGUGCCCAUUUUCUUAAAUAAAUGAAUUCACCCGUACCAUUUCUGUAGCUGUGACUUUUAAGCUGCUAAACAUGAAUAAACCAUAAUGCCCAGAUCAGUCUUUGUAUAUAAGCUACACUAUAUAAUUGCAUGGUUCUUUCUCCCCAUCCCCACCAGUUUAAGUUGAAGUUUUGGAGGCUAGUUAACAGGUGUCAUUGAACAAGUGCUCCACCUUGUUUUGUGUAAUUAAAGUUGAUGAAUUAAUUGCUCCUUUGAUUAAAAUAUACUCACUGUAAGACUAGUUCAGCUAGUAUAACCUGGCUUCUGGCCUUUGAAUCAGUACAAAAUAGUGAAAGUUCCCUUUUGGGCGUAGGGUUAUUAUUUAAUGAAUUUAUUAUCCCGCCCUUCCUCCCAAAGGUGCCUAGGGUGGCAAGCAAAUUCACAGUUGUUGUUUUUGUAAAAUCAACCUUCUAAAACAAGAUAGAAGGAACUGGUCCACCUAGUUUAGUAUCAUCUCUUGAAAUGGACUUAGUUCUCCAGCCCUUAGGCAGCAGGCUUCUCAACACUAUGCUACCUAGCUUCCUUUAGCUGAAGGUGCUGUGGACCGAACCCGGGCCCUUGUGCUUACAGGUAUAUGUUCCACCUGCCAACUUAUAUGGCAAUCACAUUUUAUUUACGAGAGCUUGGAACCAGAGACGUCUUGCACAAGCAGAAAAGCACUUACGCAAGGCAGUCGCCUGCCAAUUUAUCUCUUGUUGCCCUGCCCUGCUAUAGUCCCCCAUACCCAGUCACAUGCCAUUCCAGAGAGUCCCUCACCCUUCAGAAGUGGCUUUCCAGGGAUCCUUGGGAUUGCAGUGCAGAUAUGUGCCUGGAAAGCCCUGCCACGUGAGUGGAAUUCUGCUAAUAUAUCUCAAGAUCCGAUGUUUUAAUUGCUAUGCGUUUCCCCCACAAAGAUGUAUCUUUCGGUGUGCUUUAUUGUAGUGUUUCUUCCAAACUGACCUGAUUUGGAGCCAAGUACUUUGUCUUCAGCAGCCUACCUUGAGUGAGAGUGAGAGGGAGCUAUCAGGGAUUGUUAGUUACUUAAGAAAUGUGCAUAUAUUCUUCUAGUUUACCUCGGCAGUAUUUCCAUAUGUGCUGUUUCCCUCUAUAAAGUUAUGCAUUUCAACAUGGAAAUGCUAAUAGUAAUUACUUAACAGACAUGCCUUGCAGAGACUAGCGCAGGCUUGUUAUGUGCAUCAGUAUUUGGGGGUAACUGCCAGAGUUCCCUUGGGUAUUGUUUUUCUCUCUCCUUAGGCUAUUCAAAGUUGCCAGUGAACAGACAGCUUUGUCGUCAUAUAAAAUAACUUGCACUGUAAAACUAGCAGAGCCAAGCAACUAACUUGGUUUGGUUGGUGUUGCUUUUCUCAUCACAGGAAAGGGUCCAGACUCCACUCUUAGAGCAGGAUUGGAAUAUCUGUGGCAUUUGCCAUGUGCUGACUACCUGCAAAGUUUAAUUUUGUGGGGAGACUUUUGCACCCUGAUACCUGUUGCCAAUCAUAAAUGUGGAGGAAUAUGGGGUGCCUUUGCAUGUGGCUAUGUGGUGCAGACAACCGGCUCCCCAUGUGGUUGUGUGCAUCUUGCAAUCAAAUAAUUGUCACUUUGGUUCACCCUUUGCUGUUGGAAAGAGGGAAUGGUAAAAACACAUGUAAAACAGGCAAAGGAGAGAAGGCUGCAAUGAUACAACAGACCAGGUGAUGCGAGUAGGUUUAACAAUUAAUUGUCAGCUGUCAGCGGCACGCUACUUGGCAAGCGGCUCGUAAUCACCAGGCGCUGCAAUCCCAGGCGCCAACACCAGCCGCGAGUUGCUCCUCGGUCGUCGACCGUAUUAACGCAGCAAGAAAAGAACAAACUUGCAAGACGCUUACUGCUACGCCCGAUAGGAAAUCGCCCUUUAAGAAAACAAAAAACAAAAAACUUUUUCACAGAAGGAGUUUGUUGUCUGUCAGUUUAUUGGCAUACAAUAAGCCUGAUGGCACAUCACAUUUUGCUGAAGUGCAGAAAUGCAAGGAGACAGGUUUUUUGGAUCUGUAUUCCAAAAUGUGGGAACUUCCUAUCAUUCACACUUUUUAGUGCAACUAGAAAAAUGCCUGCCUUAAUUAGAAUUAAAAGAUGUCCAGAGACUUUAGUGGUUGCCUUGACUGUAGCUAGAGACCCAGUGAAUUCAGGCACUUCUUAACCUCUAUUCAAGUUACUGUAUAUAUUAAGCCAGCUUUUGCCAACCUUGUGGCCUUCAGAUGUUUUGAACUAAAACCACACCAACCCCCAGCCAUCACUGCCAUAUUGUUGCUGGUGCUGAUGGAAAUUGCCACCAAAAAGAUAGGGAGGACACUAGAUUGGUGAAGGCUAUAUACAGAAGUCAUGCGUUUGGCUUGCAUAUCUCAAGGGAAGCUAGCAGAUUUUAAGGUGUGCCAAGUCUAAACAGAUGUCAGCAAGAGAGGUGAGAGGGCAAGUGGAACAGCCGACUUCUGAACUGCCACUGUUCCAGACCAGAGGCUGACGGGUAAGCACGAGUUUUCUUGUUUCAGUUCCUUAUUCUUAAAAGACCAGCACUUGCAGUGACGUAGGCAGCACUUCCUUAAUUUGGUGCCUCUAUUCCAUGUAAAGAGGAAUAACCAAGUAGAAGGAAACAGGUGGGCUUGACUGCCAAGAAGAGCUGUACAUUUCAGCAGGCAGUGUGACGUUGCCACACAUGUGCAAGCAGGGAUAGACUCCUGGAGAUUAAAGCAAGGACUGAGAUAUGCUCAGCUGGGCUGUUUGGAGAGUUUCUGCCAUGUCCUUGCUGUGCCUGAGGACAUCACCUGUUGACACUGAGAUGCCCUUUCUUUGAAUAGGAAAUAAUUUCUUGGUUGUUUAGCAGCAAGCUUAUUUCCACACUCAGCUGCCUUGCAAAUAUCCUGAAUGGUAGUUAAUUACCGUAUUUUUUGCUCUAUAAGACUCACUUUUUCCCUCCUAAAAAGUAAGGGGAAAUGUGUGUGCGUCUUAUGGAGUGAAUGCAGUCUGCGCAGCUAUCACAGAAGCCAGAACAGCAAGAGGUACUGCUGCUUUCACUGCGCAGCGAUCCCUCUUGCUGUUCUGGCUUCUGAGAUUCAGAAUAUUUUUUUUUUCUUGUUUUCCUACUCCAAAAACUAGGUGCUUCUUGUGGUCUGGUGCGUCUUAUGGAGCGAAAAAUACGGUAAUCCAUUAUACUUUUGGUAAGCAUUGCUCCAAAAUUGCUCAUCUUUGUGCAAUUUUUUUAAAAAAAGUAAAUUCUGGUUUAGAAAGAUUUUGGUUGUUUAAUUGUUGCUUAGCUUUUGGGUUUGAAGGGUUGUAUUCAGAAGAUCUUGGGAUAUACAGUGGUACCUCUGGUUUCGUACUUAAUUCGUUCCUGAGGUCGUUCUUAACCUGAAACUGUUCUUAACCUGAAGCACCACUUUAGCUAAUAGGGCCUCCCGCUGCCACUGCACCCCUGGAGCACGAUUUCUGUUCUCAUCCUGAAGCAAAGUUCUUAACCCGAGGUACUAUUUCUGGGUUAGCGGAGUCUGUAACCUGAGGCGUAUGUAACCUGAAGCAUGUGUAACCCGAGGUACCACUGUACUCUUCAGAAGGAAGCAGUGAGUUAAAUCAGGGCGGUCCACUUUUCAUACCUGCAGGUCACACACUACCUUGUUGCACAAAGUGGGGAGCCAGGCCAAAAGGCCAGCUAAGCGAGGUGUCAGACUUUAGGAAGGAGGCACAAGGCUCUGGCAGGGUUCUGAAGUCUUCCCGCCUCCUUUGGCGCCUUACCCAGCUGUGGGAAGGUAGCACAAGGGCCACAUGUUGGACCACACUGAGUUAGAUAAUGCAAAAUGAUUUUUUUUGUUCUCAGCCACUUUUAAAAUGUUGUCAUUUGUAAGGGAAAUAAGUAAGCUAUAAUGGAAGGAGUGUAAUAACUUAGGCACAGGCAACGAGUUCGUAGAGAAACAUUUCUGAAAAUCAGUGAAGAUUCAGUAACAUUUCAUUCUGUGGUGGAGGAGAGACAAACAGGUGGAAGAAACAUCAACUUUGUUCUCGUCUGACCCCAAACCUGCCAUGUUUGAUUUUGAGUAGAUCUUUUCUUGGCUACAUAGUAUUCAAAAAUAUUUAUUUUUGGUGUAUUAUAAUUUGUUUCUCUGAUGUGAUGUCUAAAUAGAAGGUGUCAUUUCUAGAGUUCAUCUAGUUGCAUAGCAGCCAGUUAUUUGCUUUGUACAUUUCCAGGAAUAAUUCUUUCUAUGCUUGAUACAGGGGUCAGAGAUAUUGGCAUGCCUUGGUACCCAGCCAAAAUGUCUUCCUGUUGUUGCACUAUCCCUCCCCUCCAGAGAGAGGGAUUCCUCGCACCCAAACAUGCAAAUAAUAUGGAAUGAUAACAAGAAUAGGUUUUAGAUAACAUGGCGGUCAAGCUUAGAGUAGGGAAUUUCAGCACCCCACUCCGUGAUAGAUGGCUAUUGCCAGUUAUCCAAGCUGACUUGAGUCCCAUCAGGGGGAAAAGCAGAGUAUAAAUAAAUUUAUCAUCAUCUUCAUCAUCUACCAUGUCCCAUCUCCUUGUAUUUUCUCUUUCGAUCAUCCUCUGCUUCCAUUGACAGCCCCAUUAAAUGUCAAAAUCUUUUGAAAGCAUCUAUGUUGAAAGCUGAGUUUAUGUAAAACAAAUGCAUGCAAAUCUGCUUAGCUAAAAUAAUGUAUUCUAACACAGAGUUUGCACUUUCCUGGCAAAUAAAAUAACAUUUGUGCACUGCAUGCAUCCUACCCACAAUACCAGAGAGAGAGAGAGUGUGUGCGCGCAGGAUCAGCCCAACAGAUGCAGAAAGUAUCAACUAGCUGACUUGAAGGAUAAAUCUAUUAUUAUGGAAAUAUAUCCCAGGAUACAUGUAGAAAAGUUUAAAACUACAAAUACUGCACAGAUGUGGGGGCAGUGAGGGGAGAGGAGUGGUGAACCUACUCAAAAGCAUGGUAGGAGCAACCUCAAUUAUUGCAAGCAGCUUCCAGUAUUAAAUUUUCCUAGUGAUGUGAAGAGCUUGAUAAUAAGCAUCUAUCAAGGAAAUACAGCUCCAGCCCUAAGGAAUGUAUAAAAGAAACUCAGCCAGAAAGAGGGAUGGGCACAUCCCAUUUAUAUUAGCAGCAGCAAAAAACACCUUGGCACAGUAACCUUUUGGACAUGGCUUUGAGAGAGGGCAAAAAGAUAAAUCCAUUGAGAGUGAGGGCAGUCCUGCUAUGUUCCAUCUCAGCCACACCAGCAUGUUGUCAACUUUGGCACCAUCUUCCUCACUAUACGAUACCCACUAGGCAAGGAUCAUCAAUGAGAUUAUUGCCAGUAAGAAGACUCUGUUUACUAACUCAUUUUGAGGAUUUAUAGCCCAACUUUUAAUUGAGUGGAUUAAAUUGAAUGUUUUCUUUUUUAAUGGCAUUGAAGGAGACUAGUAAAAAGCAGCGGACUGAAUGGCAGUAAGCAGGUUUUUUUUAAUAAAGAAUGUUCACAGCACUGUGGGGGGGAGAGGAAGGUGCUAUUUAGCUCUGUUCCCAAAGCAACAUUUUCUCCCUGAGCAUGAAGCUGGCAAACAAUAAGGACCGCCCUAGUAUGUAAUUUGGCCAAGCUUUUACCUGUUCGUACCAGUGGUGGUAGAAGAGAGCUGGAAACAGAAGGCUCACAACUAUUAGGGGUGCAAACAGUCUUGCAAAACUUAGGAGAUAGAUUGGAGGAAGAGAUAUACGCAGAAAGAGAACUGAUUUAGGGAAUGGGAGCCUGCUCUAUCUUAUUCUCCUCCCCCCAAACCCCAAUUUCCCUUCAAGUAUUGCUCUUGGAAAUUAUUAUCUCCAGGUGUCUGCUGGCUAGGAUUACUUAGCAGUGAAGGAAAAUAAUAAGAAAAACCUGGAGAUCAGUGGCCCAUCUAAUCCAGCACCCUGUUCUCACAGUGGCCGAACUGGUGCCUUUGUGAAGCCUGCAAGCAGGAUCUUAGCACAAGAGUACUCUUACCUGUGGUUUCCAUCAACUGGUACUUCUGUAUGGUUUCCAGAUUUCCUACCACUGAAAUGAAUUCUGGAACUGUGCUCUGGGAAACCUUGGCUCAAAGAGAAGGUGGAGGAAACAGCAAGGUAGUACAGUGGUACCUUGGGUUAAGAACUUGAUUCGUUCCGGAGGUCUGUUCUUAACCUGAAACUGUUCUUAACCCGAGGUACCACUUUAGCUAAUGGGGCCUCCUGCUGCCGCCACGACGCCACCAUGUGAUUUCUGUUCUCAUCCUGAAGUAAAGUUCUUAACCUGAGGUACUAUUUCUGGGUUAGCGGAGUUUGUAACCUGAAGUGUCUGUAACCUGAGGUACCACUGUACCAGCUAGCACCGUGGUAGCUACAGCUGGACAAUCAGAUCACAUUUUAGAUCUUAUUCCACCUACAACGGUUGCUUAUUUGCUUCUGAUCACUUUAAUGCCAGUGUUAACCUCUAAAGCCCCUACCAACCUAGGUUACCUCAAGGACUAUCUAUUUAUGUGUAAAGGUGCCUGGUUUUUAAAAAAUAAAUGUCAGAGGACAUCUCCCUUUCUAUUACAAUGUGAGAUUAGUCAGGCAGGUACAAGACACAGCAUCUUCUGAAAGCACCAAAACUAUGAGAUGCCCUUCUUGUGGAGAUUCAUCUACUCAUAAACUUUUCAUCACAAGCUUUUAAUGCUUAACAAUUUGCUGCUUUUAGGGAUCUUUAUGGACUGCCGCUUCUAACGUGAUUUUUUAAUAGUGCUGCUAUUUUUAGUACUUUAUCAGCUGUAAUUGUAUUCUACAGAAAGGUAGGAUAUAAUUAAAAUUAAUAAUACUGAGGGGUCUGCUUUUUGCCCUCAUCAGCAGCCUAGACACCAUUCACUGAGCCAUCUUCCAGAGAAAUCUGAGGUCCUGGAUCUUGCUGCAUGUCAUACUGGACUGCUGCAGUAAGAAGAAGCAGCACUGGUCUUGGAAGGAAACCCGGAUCUGUUUUACCACCUGAGAAGGCUAAAAGUAAAUAAGAGUCUGCCUUGCUUCUUCUCCAAACUUCUGGAGACUCUGGAAAAAGGGGGAGCUCGUAAUGGUGAUCUGGAAAGAGAGAUUUGCCAAGCAUUCAGGGCGUGGACACAUAUUUCCAUACACAACCUCCUUAUCUCACACACUGAUGCAGGAGCAUUUCAGCCAGUUCACCACAGACCAAAUCAGACCAAAACUUAUGUGCCACAGAGCAUCAUACCUAUAAUGCCAGCCACAGUUGGAAACAAAAUGAAGGACUUGAUUUGUCUGUGGGUCCUAUCCAAGGGACUCUUAAAAGGUUCCCAGAAAGCUAUUUAAAGCAAACAGCUUCAAGCUGACCCAAUCACAUAGUCAAGCCACGUGAAGCAGAAAAGCUAACAAAAGUAGUCUGGAUCAACAGUCAAUCUGAGUAGAGAAAUUCUUGUCCAAUUCUAAUUAGUGGUCAGUGGUGAAAAAAUGAGCCUAUGCUAACUCCCUGGGCAAUGGAACUUCCUGAGCAGUUGCAUUGGAAGGCAGACUGCAAUAUAUAGUUUGCAGGCUGCUGAACAUGGGACUAUGUUUAUUUUUAUUCACAAGUAUGGUGAUGGAACAUUUCACCUAGCAAAUAACUAGUCAGCUGCAUUUGUGGAGUGGGUUCUCCAACAAAUUCUACGGUCAGAAAGGGCAGCAAUGGUGCAUAAUGAGUAUCAUGGUCUUUCUGGGAAAGGGCAAUGAUUAGUUCUCCUGGUUGUAUGAGGGAUUUGGCACUGAGUAACUAAAGUGAGUUUUCACAUACAGUGGUGCCUCGCAAGACGAAAUUAAUUCGUUCCGCGAGUUUUGUCGUCUUGCAAUUUUUUUCGUCUUGCGAAGCACGGUGUCGGGAAAGUUUUGGAAAAGCUUCAAAAAUCACCAAAGUCUUUAAAAACCUCAAAAAAGGCUACCACACCGCGUUCUCUGAGUUGCUCCUCGAAAUCAAGUCGCAACUGUAUUAACGGUGUUAAGAAAAAGGAAACAAACUUGCAAGACGUUUCCGUCUUGCGAAGCAAGCCCAUAGGGAAAAUCGUCUUGCGAAGCAGCUCAAAAAACAAAAAACCCUUUCGUCUAGCGAGUUUUUUGUCUUGCAAGGCAUUCGUCUUGCGAGGUACCACUGUACACACGCACACCAGAGAGUAGACAAAAGGUCUUACAAAUAGAGGCUGAUCGAACCAGAACCCUGACAUCUCUUAAAACUGCACAUGGCCAAAGACAUUGUUAUCUUAUUACCUGAGAAACAAGUUCCAGGGCUGUGAUUCAGGGAGAGCAGGGUAUAAGACUUGUAAUGUAAAAACCAGCAAAAUGUUAAAAAACAAACAUAUAUAUAUAUCUUUCACCUGGAAACUUGGUGAAUAAUGUGUUCCAUCAUAUUCCAGGCCAUUUUCAUAAUGCAGAAAUCUCAAAAGAAACAACAAAGGCUCUGUACCACUCACCCUUAGAUUAUAAAAUCUACAUUGAGAACAUCCAAGAUGGGUGCAAUAGGCACACAUCUUGAAUUCUCUACAGUCUCUCUCCCUCUCCUGCCGCAGUAGGUAAUGGGCACAGCUUCUGCCUUAAGCAGGUCGAGAGGUUAUAACGGUUAGUGCCCUCCCCCUUUAACUAUGUCAUAAACACAUCACACAGGUUCAAUGAUAAAAGGGAAAGGACCAUAGGGCUUGCACAAAGUGCACCUUGCAGUAUGCAAGCUCCAAGCUCUUUUCCCCCCUUCAAAGAUGCAGUGAGAGAUUGACCUUGGAGGACAUGCACCCUCUGGUCCAAACACCCAGUGGCCCAAUUCCCUCCUUCCUGAAGCAUUGUUUUAGCUACAAGGGGAAUGGCCUAUUAACAAGUUGCAAGAGGAGCAGAGGCUUUGCCUUGGGAAUGCACUUCCUCUGAGCCCAAUACCUCCCUCUCCUUUUCCACCCAUGAAAUGUCCACAUAUCCCAGUUUGUGGUGCAUUUAGGCGUUGUUGUUUAGUCGUGUCCGACUCUUUGUGACCCCAUGGACCAAAGCACGCCAGGCACUUCUGUCUUCGCGUUUAGGCAUAGUGGUGUAUAUUUUGCAUGUACAUACUGAAGAAAAUUACAGCAGCGCUGCCCUCCAGUCCUGAAAACUAUCUUUGCUUAUUCCCUCCAUCCUUCUGCACAUACCUGGCUGACUUGACUUGGGCACCCUCAAUGUGAUCUUUCACCUAUAGAAAUAAGAGGAAUAAUGAAAUGAAAGGACUGGUAAAGUAUCAAUUUUUAAAAAAAAACCACUUGAGAGAAGGACUGUGUUUGCCUGCCAAGCUUUUGCUUUUACUAAAAUUGUUCAUUUUUGUUUACAACGAUGGAAAUAUUCAACUCGCAGGCAGGCAUAUCUGUACAUAAAUCUUGGUGACUACAUUGGAACACAAUGUAGUCUUUCAGUGUUCCGCAUCUAGAAUUGAGCAUGUAGUUCAAGGCCUCAGAUAAGAAAAAACAACUUCCCAUAGGUGGAUGUCUGUUUGUACAUACAGUUACACCACCUUGUACCAGUAAAUAGGGAAUCACCUGUGUAGUGUGGUAACUUGUUCUCAUAGUUCUAGAUCAGUAGCCCUAGGUUUAUUCAUGAACUGUGUGUAUUCUUUAACAUCUCAUUGAGCGUGUCUGGAGACAAUAUCUUGCUAACAAAUCAGCACUGCAUAGUUUAACUCAGUUUUUCCAAGCAUCGGGUCUGUUCUGUCAUCACAACAGAAAAUGCAUGUGGCAAUCUCUCACAUGUCCAGGGAUUUGGAAACAAGGUGUGGGAGAUUGUAAGUUUCCCUCCUUUAUAGCUUUGGGCCUCAGCAUCCAGGACAGUCUGUUAGAAGCAUAAAAUGUACCAGUAACUCACCCUAGCUUAAUACUUUUACCAGGCUAUUAGAUGGCAUGUUGAAGACGUGAUUUAAUGGAGAAGACAAGGAAGGCAGCAGACACGAAGGUCAGCCAGUGGAACUACAGAAGAAGGUUAAUGGCCUGUGUUCUGGCCUGGCUGCCUUUACAGUAGUCUAUUGCAUCUGUAUCUUGCUACCAGUUCCUUACAAACUAAACUCAUUUAGCAUUGAUUGAUGACGCAUUCAGAAGUUUCAGGUGUCGGAGGCUGCGGCUUUCUCUCGACUGCUGUUUCUUCUCUCCAAAUAACAAAGGAGAGAUUGACCUUGGAGUCUGUAGAGUCAGCUUUCCUGUAAAAGUCACUUUAAGAAAAACUUUUUAAUGGUCUCGUGUUGGCUUUUCACAUAAUAGAUCGGGACUUGGCAUUUUUCAGUGACGUUCCAAACUGCAUGCAUUUCUCCUGAUGAGAAACCUAAAGCCACUGAAUAGGGUGUCUUCAGCUUGGGAGGCUUAAUUCUGUACUGUACUGUAUAUGUGAUGUUUUAAUGGUACAACCCUGCAUGUGUCUACUCAGAAGUAAGUCCCAUUGAGUUCAACAGAAAUGUCUUAUUUUUGGCAAUCUCUCUUCUGAAAAUUCACAAAUUCCAAUUUCAAGUAAACCCUUUGCCUCACUUUUCUAAACCAACCUAAGUGGGAAAACUUUGUCAAAUAUAGUGUAUCCCACACUAUUCACCCUAUUAUAUUUCUGCACACCUUGAAUUUUUUACUUUUUAAAAUUUAUUUGCCACCUCAGUUGGAGUUGUAAAAUAUUAAGCUGCCCUCUAAUUCUGUAAUCUUCAGAUGGUAUUAUAUCCUCAGUGUAUCAUAGAAUAAUUCUUACUGGUGAUGGCAAUAAUGGAAAUGUGCGCAGUGAUUCUAAUCUCAACAAUUUCCAUCCAGUGCCCUUCAGAACCCCACCACAUAUGAAAACCACAUACUCUGUCCUGGAAAUACAUUCACUCUGUCAUUACCCUAUUCAUUUUUGCUUAAUUUUAAAGGAUUUAAAUGUUUUUUGUAUAGAACUUUAUAAUGAUUUUCCUUUAAAGCAGUAGGAAUUGAGAUAUAAGAGUCUUUUAUGAAAAUAGCUUCACCACCCCACAAUAAUUAUUCCAUCUAGCUUUUAAACCUAUCUAUAUUUGCUUUGCUUUCCUCAACCAUUAUUCUCCAAUAUAUUUUAGAUAAUUAUUCUUUAGAGUUCUGUAAUUAUGAAGUUAAUUUUUCAAACCCUGUUGUCUAUUAAUUUCAUUUUGCCUUAUAAGGUCUUCUAGCAGGCACAUUAAUUGAAAACAUUCAAACCAUUGAAUUCUAUUAUUCCAUCUUGUGCAAAUUAUCAAAUACUGCAAGACUUACCAUCUUUUUUGGGGGGGAGUGAUAUUUAACAAAAACCCACAUUUUCCUGGGCUAUGAAAUUGUAAAUGUUAUUGUUGAAUAUAGUUAAAAUAUAUAUGCCACCAAGCAAUAUCUGCGCUCAACUAGAACUGAACAGUUUUCCAGUUAAUAAGAAAAGAUUGUAUCGUAUAAUUAACAGAGAUAUCAGAUGACCAUCUAGUAUAGUUAUACCUUUAUUAACACCUUUAAUAAGAUCCCCAGACCAUGUUUAUUCUUUUAUCUAUAGUAACUCUUGAGAAGGCAGCACCAUACUAUUAUUGGACCGAACUUUCUUUGUUUAUUAAUUUCAGUGAGUCUUCUCUGGGUGUGCUUUUUGUUGCUCACUCAUAUGUGGUUAUGUUGCUUUUUCUGCUUCUGUUGACCUUAUAUGGGUUUUACUCAUUUUAUUGUAAACAGCUUUGAUAUUCUUUGAUGAAAAGCAGCAUAUUGAAGAAAAUUAAAUCUCUUGUUCAGUUAAAUAACCUUCAUGUAGCUUCUGUUUAAUUGCUAUAUACGGAAUGGAAUGAAACUGUCUGCUGCACCAUUGAUCAAUGUGUUUUUGGCUUCAGCUAAUUACUUGGAAAAGAUUUCUUUGAAAACCUAAGUGCACUGGCUUUAGAGGUUGUUCUGCACUCCUCGGAGGAACAGAACAAAUACAGAAGUCAACAACUUUUGUUAGCUUAAGACAAUGAUUUGGAAGAGGCUUGUAAAUAGUCACUAGCCAGGCAAGGAGGCAUUUCAAAAAGUUAGCUCUCUUUUUCAAAUUGCAGCUUGGUACGGAUGGGUAGGUUGCUAAAGGUUUCUGUGAGUUUAGUUACUUUGUGACUUAAUUGCCAUGCUUCCUAAGCACUUGUUCUCAAUAGCAACCUUCUUUAAUUGGGUAAUUGCUGUUUUCACUGUAAUGGUGUGAUUUUGCACUGACCUAAUGGUGGGGAGAGGGAGAUGUUGAGGAUCAGAGUGUCAGCACAAAGCGAUUUUUGCUUCUUGCAUCUUUUUCCAUUCAAGAUUCUUCACUAAAGCACUGUUAUUUGUGCUUUCUCCACGCAGGUUGCAAAAUAAAGGCAUUGAGAGCCAAGACAAAUACCUACAUCAAGACCCCUGUCCGCGGAGAAGAGCCCAUUUUUGUCGUCACUGGGCGCAAAGAAGAUGUAGCCAUGGCCAAAAGGGAAAUUCUUUCUGCUGCUGAACACUUCUCCAUGAUUAGAGCUUCACGCAACAAAAAUGGCCCAGCACUGGGAGGACUGUCUUGUAACCCCAACCUACCAGGCCAAACUACAGUCCAGGUCAGGGUGCCUUACCGUGUUGUGGGGCUGGUGGUGGGCCCCAAAGGCGCUACAAUCAAGCGGAUCCAGCAGCAGACCCACACCUACAUAGUUACUCCCAGUAGAGACAAGGAGCCAGUCUUUGAGGUUACCGGGAUGCCUGAAAACGUAGAUCGUGCUCGCGAAGAGAUAGAAAUGCACAUCGCCAUGCGCACUGGAAACUACAUUGAACUGAACGAAGAAAACGAUUUCCAUUAUAACGGUACGGACGUGAGCUUUGAAGGAGGGAACCUGGGAUCUGCCUGGCUUACUUCCAACCCAGUACCUCCUCCAAGCCGCACUAGGAUGAUUUCUAAUUACAGAAACGACAGUUCCAGUUCUUUAGGAAGCGGCUCCACUGAUUCCUACUUUGGAAGCAAUAGGCUGGCUGACUUCAGCCCCACAAGUCCAUUCAGCACAGGCAACUUUUGGUUUGGAGAAACGUUGCCUUCUGUAGGUGCGGAGGACAUUGCAGUUGACUCUCCUGCGUACGACUCCUUGCCGACGCCUUCUCAAACCAUCUGGACACCCUUUGAACCCGUUAACCCUCUCUCCAGUUUUGGUAACGAACCUGCUAGUAACAUGAAGGCUCCACGGAGAGGGAGUCAGCCAUCCACUCCUCGCCUGUCGCCUACAUUUCCCGAAACCUUGGAACAUCCGCUGGCAAGGAGAGUCCGAAGCGAUCCACCCAGUACAGUCAGCCAAGUUGGCCUUCCGAUCUACAUCCCUGCUUUUUCCAAUGGUACCAACAGCUACUCUUCUUCCAAUGGUGGCUCCACAUCUAGUUCCCCUCCAGAGUUGAGAAGGAAGCAUGACUGCGUGAUAUGCUUUGAGAACGAAGUAAUCGCUGCCCUGGUUCCAUGUGGCCACAACCUAUUCUGCAUGGAAUGUGCCAAUAAGAUCUGUGAAAAAGACGUACCCACGUGUCCAGUUUGCCAGACAGCUGUUACUCAGGCGAUUCAAAUUCACUCUUAAAUAUAUAGAGAUAUUAUAUAUGGACUUUUUAAACUCUUAAUGGCUUGGAUGUAAUGGUACCCCCUAAGUAAACUUAUAAUGAACUCAGACUGUUAUUGGGCUUUCUUGAGAUUAGGCUAAUGUUGUUUGAAAGGCAUGUACUCUCUUUUUUUCUUUUUCUUUUUUGGAAAAGGUCUGUACAGUUUAACACUAAGCCUAGCCAGUCUUUGUCCAUUUUGGUUGCAGCUGUGGCACCUGUAGCAAAGUUCUGGAAUGAAGUUGUGAGGCGAUAGGAGGGUCAGGAACAGUUUCAGGACAGAAUGGAGCGUGAGGCUUCGCAGGUCAUGACAGCAAAAGCCUGACACAGCCCUGAAUGUAGAAACUGUCGGUUUAUAAGAGGGAAGGGUACAAAGGAUUAUCAAUGUAUCAAACACACUUCCAAUGCUGCCUUCUUUUACACUGCCAGUUUUUCAAAACAGGUUUGGGGCCGCUUCCUCCCCCCCCCCCCACUUUACAACAUAGGCUUAACUUACCUAAUGUUGCAAAUAAUUUUAUGAUGCACAAUUUGAUUUCCUGGCAUUCAGCAAGUAGCGUAGCGGUAACUUUUAUUAAUGUGAUCAUUGUUCAUAAGGGGAUAGAGGACAGGGCAAAAUGGUAUGAAUUGACCACCACCUCCUCCAAUAUGCAAAUGGGGCAUCUUAAGAGAAUCAGGAAUGUGCGGGUCUUCCAUUGCUGAAGCGUGGGAAAGUCUGCCUUGCCUUGAUCAAUGCUAAGGGACGCAGGGGGGGGCUCCCAACGCAAGCAGAGAGUCCCCCCCCCCUUCCACAAGUGGCUGGCCUCCCCAUUCAUUUCAAGGGAGGGAGUCGGUCUAGCGUUUUGUAUCCAUAGAUUGGCUCACCCCGUUGAGAGUAGGGGGACCCGUCUGCUUGCACUGGAGCUCUCUGUGUUCGACCCACACCGCACAUGGAAUCCAUGUGAAGAGCUGUGGUGUCCCGAGCAGCCCACCAAAUGUCCCUUCCUUUCCCCCUCCCACCUUCUCUCCCCCCCCCCAUCUGCUUCAGAGGAGGGGGCGUCUGGUGGAAGGACAGCUGUCGGGUCAUUGCACCCUUUGUAUCUGAUAGCGAGGAUGCUAACAUUCCAUUGGCUAGUUUGAUCAAGCUGUUCUUAAAUUAACUAUUUUAGAGAAUAUCAGAGUUCAAAAAAUGUGAAUCAUUUUUAUGUUUCAACCAUAACUUGCACAUUAUGUGAAGCAUGUAUUUUAUUUUUAGUAAUGUAAAAGGGGGGGGGACGACGACGACAGAGAAGCAGUCACAUUCAUGCUCUUGUAUCAUUCAUGAGAGCAGCUGCGACUGUGGCCCAGCGAGGGGUUUAUCUCAUUUCAAAGCCACCCAUCUUCCCCUUUGCAAGUCAAUACGAGCUUCUCCCUGUUCCUUUCCUUUGUGUUUUCUUUACAUUUCAACCUGUGGAUGUUUUCUUGCUUCUUCAUACUCAGAAUGUUCCCAAAUCUGUGCUGGCAUUUGAAAAAAAGAACACUCAGAAGUUCUGGUGGAUUUCUUUAUUUUUUUAUUUCUAUCUUUUCUUUUCCUUUUGGAGCAAUACCUUCCCGAGUUGAAACAAACAGAUUCCCCGCUCCCCUCAGUAUAGCAAAUUCUAUGUGUAUUGAACUAGUAAAUAUACAGAAAUCUUUAUUUUUUAUUUCCACUUGAAAGGGUUACAUUUCGUAUUAAAAAAAAAGUUUACAGAUAACGGUUUUUAUUUUAUGAUUUUUUUCAGUAUAAAAGUUGCCUUGAUGGCAUAUUAUUAUUAUAAUAUUAUUAUAUUAUGAAAUGCAUAACUUUAACGCUAACAGCUUGUAGGAUAGUUUAAAUGUCAGUAUUGAAACCUUAAUCUUUAGCUGCAGUCUUGUAGAUAUGAACAAUCUCGUUCACCGAGCAUGUAUUUUGUACUCUUGCAUUGUACACUGCAACUAAUAAGCCAAGGAGUCGACAGACAUUAGGUGCGUGUACCGUUUCUAUAAACCACAGACUCAAGAAUGACAAAGCUCUCAAUAUAGUUUAGUAUUUGCUAAUUUUACUACACUCUUUUUGUUAUGUAUAUGUAGGGAGGUCAUAGGGAUUAUAAAUUCAAUUUGAGUAAAUUUAAAAAAAACAAACCAUAUAUUUUAUGAUAAAGGGCCUUUAACUUAUGGUGGCCAAAGCACUGAUAUUAUAUAUUUGCUGUAAAGAGAAUUAUAAGAGUUUUAUUUUUCUGAUAUUAAAAGUUACUUAAUAAAGACUUGUUUCCAUU